UGAUAGUAAAAAAAGGAAUACUCUUAAAGACCGUGAGACGGUAUCGGUAACGGUUGAAAUGGGUAAGUAUGAAAUGAGGCGAAUCUGAUGGAGACAUACACCGCUCCAAAUUAAGACAAUUGAAUAAACAUAUUCUACUUCUAGGAAACAACCAAUUCUAGAGAGAGAGAUGAAUUCGAAGCUGCGGAGUCUGUGGAACCACCCGGCGGGGCCAAAAACGAUUCAUUUCUGGGCGCCGACGUUCAAAUGGGGGCUGAGCAUCGCCAACAUCUCCGACUUCCAGAAGCCGCCGGAAACGCUUUCCUACCCCCAGCAGUCCGUCAUCGCCGUCUCCGGCGUCAUCUGGUCGCGCUACUGCUUCGUCAUCAAGCCAUGGAAUCUCAACCUCUUCGGCGUCAACUCCGCCAUGGCUUGCACCGGACUCUACCAGCUAUCUCGGAAGCUCCGCCACGACUACUCCGCCGCCCAACACCAUCACCAAUCAUAAUAUAAUAUUGGUGAUUUUUCAUUACUUCCGCUACUACUUGCACCUAUUUCUCUCUCUCUCAAAACACUUUUUCUGUUAAAUAAAUUAUAUUGGUGGAUUUUAUCAA